CUGGACUUUCCGAUAGAAAUGAACGCCGACAAGCCUUGCGUCAGUGGGGGUUACGAGUACAGGCGCUAGUAAAGCGCCAAGCUGUGUACACACCUGUUUACAGCCUGCCGCACCAACACGUGCUUCACCGCCCAUACUAGUACAGGGCUCCUACGUUCGCGUCUUACAACACACCAUACCUCUCACGUUCUAGAUUCUAGAUGAACAAUGAACAUUCGAAGAGCAGAGCCAAAGGAUCUCACUAAAAUACAGCAAUGUAACUUGCACAACCUCCCUGAGAACUACCACAUGAGAUAUUGGGCCUAUUCCUUUAUAACGUGGCCAGAAAUUUCGUAUCUCGCAGAGGACAGCAGUGGGCGCGUAGUAGGCUAUGUGCUUUCGUCGAUGUGGGUGAAGGUUGCGCGCAUGAAUUCAGGACUAAUUCAAUCACUUCCCAGAGAGCCAGAUGACGAAUUCCCUUGGCUGCAAGUUGGUCAUGUCAACUCUCUAUCCGUACUCCGAACAUACCGUAGGCUAGGUCUUGCGAAGCGAUUGAUGCUGCUCUCGAAAAAGGCCAUGAUGGAAUCAUACGACAUAGAAUACGUUCAGCUCCACGUACGCAAGUCCAAUCGAGCUGCCUUCAGUCUGUACCGCGAUAAACUUGGAUUCCAAAUCCACAGGAAAGAGACCGGAUACUAUAAUGAUGGUGAAGAUGCAUACUCAAUGAGGAUCGUCCUGAAACCACGGAUACCCAUCGACUUGGUCGCAGAUUCCAGGCAUUUGUAUAUGGUCGGCGAUGGACAGUCGGGAACUGGACUUUGAAAUGCAAGAAACGAGUGAGUCGGAUAAAAUGAAGAUAUCAAACCUGUUUGUCGGUCAUCAACGAAAUUGUCUUGUGCUUUUUUUGCGCUACCCAUCUGGAGG